AUGCGCGGUCGCCUCGUCCUGGUGCUGGCGGCCAGCCUCCUCAUGGUCCUCGCCCAUGGCAUCGUCGCGCCCGGCGAGGUCGAGAGUAGCAGUAGCAGCAGCAGCAGUGGGGCCGCCACGCCCUCGCCGCAGGUGCACCACGAGCGCGCCGAGCCCGACGACGCCAUGGCGGCGCGGUCCUCGGACAUUGCCGAAAACAUUGCCGAGAUCGACAUUGAGGUCGACCGCGGUCUGUACAACCCGAGCUCCAACUCGAUCGAGGUCCAAGACAGCGAUGGCGGCCAGCGGCAGAACUACGCAUCGAAAGCUCGGGGCUCGGUGAACCUCCUCGUGCCCGAUAAGGACCGGUACAUGCUCAUUCCGUGCUCGGCCGACAAGAAGUGGAUCGUGAUCUCGCUCUCGGAAGACAUCCACGCCGAAGCCAUCGCGAUCGCGAACUAUGAAAAAUUCUCGUCCAUGACCAAGGAGUUCCUCGUGCUCGGCAGUAUCAACUACCCGACCGAUACGUGGGUCGUCCUCGGCCACUUUAACGCAUUGCACAAGAACGGCGAGCAGCUCUUCAAUUUCCAGGAAAAGCACCAUGUUCGGUACCUCAAGCUUCGCCUCAACUCGCAUUACGGCGCCGAGUACUACUGCACGAUGAGCCAAAUCAAGGUCUACGGACGCACGUUCACGCAGGUCAUCUCGCAGCUCGAGCGCAGCAUCCACGAAGAGCCGAUCGCGCCGCCUGCGAUCGAGCCGCCGGCUGUCGAGCAAGCCGUCCCAUCUACAACAACGUCAACAACGACCUCGGACAGUAUGUGCCCCGUGCCCGACGCCGUCGUCCUGCCGUGGGAGCUGGAGGUCUGCGAGCCGUUGCCGAUAUCACUGCCGCCGACCGAGAAGCCGACGAUGGCGCACCAGCUGCCAGUAAACGCGUCGGCAACCAAUGCAACAAGCGCUAGCCAUGCCCAGUCGAGUAAGAACGCACCCGACCACCCUAGCCCGCUCGCAACCACUGUUCUCGACGAAAGCGGCAACCACACCAAGGCGCACGACCAUGGCAAGACGACCAACGGCUCAUCCGCCCCGAGCAGCAAUGGCGUCGCAGGCGAUGAACAAAAGGGCCUUGACAACUUUUACAUCCGCAUGUCCAAGAAGAUCCAAGCCCUUGAAGCCAACCAAAGCAGCCUCGAACGCACCGUGUCCGAGACGCUCAAGCCCGCAGCCGUGGAUGCGCAGGUCAAGCUCGCUCUCCUCAGCGAGCAAAUGACCAAUCUCACCAAAGCCGUGCACGAACUCCGCGUCAUUGUCGACUCGGAGCUCGAGUUUUUGACGUCGUCGAAUGAAAAGUACAUGACGCUGCUCGAAGGCGUGUACCAGGAGAACCUGUCGUUGCGGAACGAAAUGCUGCUCGUUUGGGACGUGAUCACGACGAUGAAGGCGGGGAUUCUUGUCGCAAUCGUGCUCUCGGCCAUCUUUCGGUGCCUCACGGGCUGCCAUCGGCGCGCGGCCCGGCGCGAGUGGCUCCGGCGCAUGGAGUCGGUCGACGAGACGGACGACGAAGUCGACCCGCUCACGCAAGAAAUGGACAAGCGCGUCGACCGAACCCUCCGGUUUGGAAGAAGCCUCGACGAUGGCGCGAUCCAGCGCAACACGCUCUAUCGCCGCGUCCUGCAUGGCUUCCGGCAACACCACGUCAAGAGCCGCCUCCGACUGCGCAAGCCGAGUCUUUGCGGCGCCCCCGUGUCGGCACCAACAACGUCGUCGUUGCUACCGAAACCCUUGUUUUAA